AUGAGUGAUUUUCUAGCAGCAAAUAAUCCGUGCGGUCAAAAUCUUUUACAACUUGUUGCAACAGGCAAUGCAAUUAUAGCUGAACUACUCCGUUUAGCUGAAUUUGUACCGCCAUUAUUUAAAGUUAUUAAUAUACGCGAUGCAGGAAAAUAUGCUGAUAUUAUAUUUGACUUUUCGUAUUUUUCAAAGCAAGAAUAUUACGAUGAACUAAUUAAUAAUCGAGCAGAUCUUCAAGAUCUUGAUGAUGAAUUUCGCGAAAAUAAUCUCACAUUACUAACACGAUUUUAUCAAGCAUUUGAAAGUGUACAUAAAUACGGAAUUGAAUUUAAUCGAUACAUUGAAGAUUUGUCUAGUGGUACUUAUUUACAACAAACAGUUGAGAGUGUUAUUGCUAACGAAGCAGGAAAACAAUUAAUGACUGAAGCUGUUUAUUUAUUUGGUGUAAUGUUAAUCAUUUUGGACUUAAAAUACGAUGGUGCUGCUCGAGAACGAAUGAUCGUAUCAUAUUUUCGUUACAGUGGUAAACGUAAUGCAUUGGAUAGUAAUAUUGAUGAAGUAGGAAAAUUAUUAGCACGAAAUGAUGGUUUUUCACUUCAACCGUAUAAACGUCCAAUUGGCUAUCCUGAAAAUUAUUUUAGACGUAUUGGUUUUCGUGAAGAUGUUAUUGGUAUGAUCAUAGGACGUUUACGUUCCGAUGAUAUAUACAAUCAAAAGAAAGCUUAUACUGAACUCGAGCAUCAAACAGCAGCAUAUGCAACACAAGCAGCUAUGCUUUAUGUUUUACUUUAUUUUUAUCCCGACGUCUUACACAAUAAACAAGCUAUCAUGCGUGAAAUUGUCGAUAAGCAUUUCGCUGAUAACUGGGUGAUCAAUUUAUAUAUGGGUAUGACAGUAAAUUUAAUUGAUGCAUGGGAACCGUAUAAAGCAGCAAAAGCAGCACUCAACAACACACUUGAUAUUCAAGCUGUUAAAAGUCGAAGUCAAAUGAUUCAUGAGAAAGUUAUUAAAUUAAAUAAACAAGUCGAACAAUAUUUAAUCGAAGGUGUUUUAGUUGAAGAAUAUGUUUUAAAAUCAAUUUCGGCAUUAUUAAAAUUCAUGAAAGAAUGUAAUAUAUGUUUACGAUGGAUUAUAUUACACACAAGUGAAUUACCUGUUGGUGCCGAUAAUAAUAAACGAUGCAAACAAAUGUUGCAAAUGGUUGUUACUGACUCACAGUAUAAUCCAGCAGAUGUAUUUAAACUAUUAUUGAAUACAGCGCAAUUUGAAUUCAAUCUUAAAGAGCUUGUUAGUUUAUUGUUAGCUGAAAAACAUGAACGAUGGACAGCAAAUAGAAAGGAAGCUGUUGAACGUCUUAUUGAAUUAGCUGAUGUUUUUUCGGGUGCAAUGCCAUUAACACGUGUAGAAAAAAAUGAUAAUCUUCAAACGUGGUUUCGUAAAAUGGCUAAAAGUAUUGAAUCGUUAGAUUUUCAAGAUUGGACAAGUGCCGGGCGUCAAACAAAUCAAAUAAUGACAGCUCUUGAUGAAGUACAACAAUUUCAUGAACUUGAUGCUAAUAUGCAAGUGAAACAAUUUCUCAAUGAUAAUAAACGUCUUUUGAGUACAAUGAUUUUAUUAAAUAAUGUUCAAGAAUCAACUAUUAGUAUUAUGGAUCUUGUUGCCGAUUUAUCUUAUGCAUGGAUUAUUAUUGAUAGUUUUACUGGCGUAAUGCAAGAAGGAAUAAAACGUAGUCCUUCGUUAGUAACAAAACUACGUGCAACAUUUUUAAAACUAUCAUCAGCACUUGAUCUUCCAUUAGUACGAAUCAAUCAAGUUGGUAGUAAUGAUCUUAUGACUGUAAGUCAUUAUUAUUCCGGUGAACUUGUUGCUUAUGUACGAAAAGUUUUACAAAUCAUUCCUGAAACGAUGUUUUCAAUGUUAGCUAGUAUUGUUCAUUUACAAACACAUACAUUACGCGAAUUACCAUUACGUGCUGAAAAAGAUAAAUUGAGAGAUUAUGCUCAACUCGAAGAACGUCAUCAAGUUGCAAAAUUAACACAUGAUAUUUCUAUUUUUACUGAAAGUAUGUUAUUGAUGAAAACGACAUUAGUUGGAAUAAUCAAACUUGAUCCAAAACGCGUACUUGAAGAUGGUAUUCGAAAAGAACUUGUUAAACAAGUGGCAACUGCUUUACAUAAUGGUCUUACAUUCAAUCCUCGUGCUAAAAGCAGUGAAUUAAUCCCAAAAUUAGAUGCUCUGGGUAAUCAAAUGGAUGGUUUUCGUCGUUCAUUUGAAUACGUACAAGAUUAUGUUGGAAUGUAUGGAUUAAAAAUUUGGCAAGAAGAAGUAUCAAGAAUUAUAAAUUAUAAUGUUGAACAAGAAUCAAAUAGUUUUCUUAAACAAAAAAUCUAUGAUUUUCAAUCCACAUUUCAAUCUCGUCAUAUUCCGAUUCCACAUAUUCUACCAUUGGGUGAUGGUUCGAUUAAUUUUAUGGGUCGUCUCGUUCGAGAAAUUCUUCGUGUGACAGAUCCACGUGCAACAUUCUAUGCUGAACAACGUAAUACAUGGUACGACAUACGAACAAAACAACCCGCUGUGGAUAUAUUACUUUUUAAAAAAUUGCAUCGCGCUGUUGGUUCAUUUGGCUUGAGUGGACUUGACCGUUUAUUGUCCUUUAUGAUCGUGAAAGAACUUCAGUUGCUUACAGGCAUCAUCCAAACAAUUUUUCAAAAUAAAGAAUCCAGUGAUAUGCUCGACUCGUUUAUGAGACAAUUAAGUCCGAUUGAUAGCAUUAUUGCUCAACCGAAUCGAGUCUAUGCAAAUUCCGUAGCAAAAGGAGCCAGCGCUUGGCCAACAUUGAGUACUCAUCUAAUGAAAGUUGGACAAAUGCAAUUGUUACGUCAACAAAUAGCUAACGAAUUAACUGCAUCAGCAAAAUAUGAUUCAAAAUAUCUUUUCUAUGCAUUAAAAGCUUUUAAUGAUUCACUCUUGCAAGAUAUUCAACAAGUUUAUACGAACAGUAGUACUCAACCAAAUGAAAGUACUGAUACAAUGAAUGAACUAUUAUACGAAUUAGGUCCUCUAUUAGAAUCCGUUGGGAUGAAUGACGUUCUUCAACGUGUUUAUAUAUCAGCACAAAAUCAUUUCUUACUAAUUCCAUUACUUGUUCUAUAUACAAUCAGUCAAGUUCCACGGAUGAUCACGCUUAAGUAUCUUAAAAAUCAAAUGCUAACAAGUGGCAAUUCAUCGAGUAGUGGCAAACGUGAAUUAGACUGUUCGGCAUUCGUUAUUGCAAUAUAUACAUUAACAAAACAAUAUCAUUCUGAUUUAAUUGAUGAUUAUUUAACAUGUCUUUGUCAAUUUAUAAAAUCGCAUAUUGAACAAGCAGGAAGUCAAAAAUUGGUUGAUUUUCCACCUGAAGCAAUAAAUAUGCUUGAUUUUCUAACAAUGUUUAUUCACUAUGGUGAUUUACCUAUUAAAGCACUCGAACAACGUCUACCUGCUUAUAUAUGUGAUGAAUUUCGUACGAUUUAA